GUACCGGAAAGGGGGCGUGAGGAAGAAAAACUGCAAGUCCCGCGAUGCUCUCGGCGGGCCAAGAGAAAGCGAUAGAACCGGAAGACACAUGGUGGGGUUGAGGAGUCCCGAGACUGAUAUUGAAAAACCAAAAGUCCAAUAUGAAACUGUAUUGCCUGUCAGGACACCCAACCCUACCAUGCAAUGUGCUCAAAUUCAAAUCAACCACCAUUAUGUUGGACUGUGGCCUGGACAUGACUUCUACGCUCAAUUUCCUGCCUUUGCCACUUGUUCAAAGUCCCAGGCUGUCUAAUCUUCCUUGCUGGUCCCUGAAGGAUGGAAAUGCUUUCUUAGACAAGGAACUAAAGGAGUGCUCAGGUCAUGUGUUUGUGGACUCUGUGCCUGAAUUCUGUUUACCAGAGACUGAGCUAAUAGACCUGUCGACGGUAGAUGUGAUUCUCAUCUCUAACUAUCACUGCAUGAUGGCGCUGCCCUACAUCACCGAGCACACAGGAUUCACAGGCACAGUGUACGCCACAGAGCCCACUCUGCAGAUCGGAAGACUUCUUAUGGAGGAGCUGGUGAAUUUCAUUGAAAGAGUGCCAAAGGCUCAGUCUGCCUCCUUGUGGAAGAAUAAAGACAUACAACGGCUGUUGCCAUCUCCUCUCAAGGAUGCAGUGGAAGUUUCAACAUGGAGAAGAUGUUACACAAUGCAAGAAGUGAACUCAGCCCUUAGUAAAAUCCAACUGGUGGGAUAUUCUCAAAAAAUUGAACUUUUUGGUGCUGUCCAGGUGACCCCUCUCAGUUCCGGCUAUGCACUUGGAAGCUCCAACUGGAUUAUCCAGUCCCAUUAUGAGAAAGUAUCUUAUGUCUCUGGGUCCUCCUUGCUUACCACACACCCCCAGCCCAUGGAUCAAGCUUCUCUCAAAAACAGUGAUGUUCUCAUUCUAACAGGACUUACCCAGAUUCCCACUGCAAACCCGGAUGGCAUGGUGGGAGAGUUCUGCAGCAACCUAGCUCUGACCGUGCGCAAUGGCGGGAACGUGCUGGUUCCCUGCUACCCGUCUGGAGUGAUCUAUGACCUCCUGGAGUGCCUGUAUCAGUACAUUGACUCGGCUGGGCUCUCCAGUAUCCCCUUCUACUUCAUCUCCCCAGUGGCCAAUAGCUCACUGGAGUUUUCCCAGAUUUUUGCUGAAUGGCUUUGUCACAACAAGCAGAGUAAGGUGUAUCUCCCUGAACCGCCCUUUCCUCAUGCAGAGCUCAUUCAGACCAACAAGCUGAAGCACUAUCCCAGCAUCCACGGAGACUUCAGCAAUGACUUCCGGCAGCCGUGUGUGGUGUUUACUGGGCACCCUUCCCUCCGGUUUGGGGACGUGGUCCACUUCAUGGAGCUCUGGGGAAAAUCUAGUCUCAACACUGUUAUAUUCACAGAGCCGGACUUCUCCUACCUGGAAGCGCUGGCUCCCUACCAGCCCCUGGCCAUGAAGUGCGUAUACUGCCCCAUUGACACACGGCUGAACUUCAUCCAGGUGUCAAAGUUGCUUAAAGAAGUGCAGCCCCUGCAUGUGGUCUGUCCAGAGCAGUACACGCAGCCACCGCCAGCACAGUCCCAUCGCAUGGACCUCAUGAUGGACUGCCAGCCCCCAGCCAUGUCCUAUCGGCGAGCCGAGGUCUUGGCCUUGCCCUUCAAACGUCGGUAUGAGAAGAUCGAAAUCAUGCCAGAGCUCGCAGACUCCCUGGUGCCCAUGGAGAUCAAGCCUGGCAUUUCCUUGGCAACCGUCUCGGCUGUGCUGCACACGAAAGAUAACAAGCACGUUCUCCAGCCCCCACCCCGGCCUGCGCAGCCCCCAGGCGGUAAGAAGAGGAAGCGGCUAACGGAAGAUGUGCCAGACUGCCAAGUUGUGAAGCCUCUGUUGAGCGGCUCCAUCCCCGUGGAGCAGUUCGUGCAGACCCUGGAGAAGCAUGGCUUCAGUGACAUCAAGGUGGAAGACACAGCUAAGGGCCACAUCGUCCUGCUCCAGGAAGCCGAGACGCUUAUCCAUAUAGAAGAAGAUUCAACCCAUAUCAUCUGUGACAACGAUGAGAUGCUCAGGGUACGACUGAGGGACCUUGUCCUCAAGUUCUUACAGAAGUUCUGAGUGGGACAAAGGAGCCACUUCUUACAGCCCUUGGCGUGGCCGCCCAGCCCAGGCCAGCAGGAGCAGGGUGUAGGCUGCUGUCUGCAGUGUCCUUUGGAUCAGUGAACAAAGGUAACUCUAGUCAGCCAUCUGGAGUGAGGGCCUGGGUCUGCUGGUCAGCUUGCCUAGCACUGUGUCAGGAAUGUUCCCUGGGAGCUUUCAAUCUGCUUCCUUCAGCCCUGACCUCCUUGCAGCUGUCAGCAGCAGCUCUCCCCAGCAGUGGGGGUGAGGGAGGAAGUACAAAGAUGCCACCUACUCUCGCUGUGUGUUCAGGGCCUACUAGCUUCACACAGCAGAACCGGUCUUUGAUUAAUUCUGUUUCCUUUCCUAUAAUCCCCCAAGUUAGCAAUGGGAAUCUUCAUAAAUCUUUUCUACUGUGGCCCAUUUUGUUAAUAAACAUUUUUAUAGAAG